ACCUUAUUUCUCUGAAAUUCAUAUUGGUAUUUAAAAUAAUUGAAUAAUUGAAAAAAAAAAAUCGAUCUAUACUUGUUUAAAUAUGAAUCAAAUAGAAACGAAAAAAGGUAAGAAAAAAGAGGAGUUAACACGAAGAGAUAAUAAUUCUUUCUUUGAAGAAGAUAUCGAUACUUCUAAUGAUGAUAAUGAUUCUGAAAGUGAGAAAAGUUCAGAAGAGGAUGAGAAUACAGAAGAGGAAACGAGUUCAGAAGAUAAUAAUUCAGAGAUAAAUGUGAUAAAUGCAAAAGGUUCAAAAAAACGAAGAAAUAAGCAUGCACCAAUGGAAAUGUCUUCUAAGAGACCUGUUAGUAGGUUCAGGCAAAUAGUAGAAAUUCCUAAAUCUAUGAAACAAAAGAGAGACCCAAGAUUUGAUAGUUUAUCAGGAAAGUUUAAUGAGGAUUUAUAUGAAAAAACAUAUUCAUUUUUAAAUGAAUAUAAAAAGUCAGAAAUUGAACAAAUAAAAAGUCAAAUUAGUAAGGAAAAAGAUCCUGUUGAAAAAUCUAGAUUGCAACAGUUAUUAAGUAAAUUACAAUCAAAACUUGCCAAUGAAAAAAAUAUUAAACGUAAAAAAGAAUUAAAGCAUGAAAGAAAGAAAAGAGAAGUGGAGCUUGUUUAUAAAGGGAAGAAACCAUAUUAUUACAAGAAAUCUGACGUGAAAAAAUUAGAACUCAUUGAUAAGUUUAGUAAAUUACAAGAGUCAGAUCCUAAAGUAUUAGAAAAGGUCAUAGAGAAACGCAGAAAGAAAAAUGCUUCAAUCAAACAUAAAUAUAUACCAUUCAAAAGAAGAAAAUCUGAUUAAUUUUAGGACAAAAAGUAUUUAUUUCUUUUGCAUAUUAAUUAAUAAAUAAAUUAUAUCAACACCUUUUUUAUUUUAUGCAUUUAAUGAACAGAAUCCAAAAACUAAGGGUAUAG